AUGGACUCCAGAAAUUCCUCAGUUGAUGAGACUCGUCCACUCAACCCUGACGGCGAACAGCACCACCUCGGCCAAGAAAGCCCUCGACCAUUGAGUCCCAGUGUUGUUCAGCCUCCACUGACACCACCAGCAUACGAAUACCUGGCUGAUGGUGGCAGACGAGAGAUAGGCAUCCGUCUAACUUCCAUCCUGAGGCUCUUGACCAUCAGUUUGACCUUGGCCAACAUUAUUCUGCAAAUCUCCUCAGCACCCCGUGGCGGUCUGUGGGUGUUCCUGGUCGUCUGGGAUUUCUUCAUCAUCACCUGGUACCCGCUCGCCCUUCUCGUUGAAGUCAUGAGCACACUACCUCCCAUCACUAUCUUCGUUGGGAACUGGACGUUCCAAUACUCUGGUUCCAGGCGCGACAGUGAAUGUGGUGACGCCGUUCAUGACAUCACGCCAAAGCGCAAGAGAGGAGCCACCGACAUCCUUCGCAACCUCACCGACGUGAUCCUGGCCGUAGUCCUCUUUAGCUGCUCCACCGCCAGCAUAACCGAACUUAGUGGUCAUCGCCUGUCAUGGUACAACGGCUACAGCAGGAUAUUCAGUAAUGGAACUCCCAUUGCCAUCCUCCACUUCUUCGUCUUUGCUUUCAUGCUCACCAUGCUUAUGGUCCGACUACUUCAGACACGUACUGGUGCCUCUGUGUUGCUGAAGCUCGCCCUGACCCGUGACAAUGAGCUGUACAAGUACCGCAUUCAGUUGCCCAGAGAUGAGCCCAGUCAGAAGAGCAAGAAUUCAGUCCCCAUCUAUGCUUAG